AUGUGUACUGGUGCACGUUUGUGCUGGCAUCGCAUGCUGUGGCUUGCAAUUGGUGCUAUUUUGGAACAUGCCUGGUGGACUUUGCCCCAGUUUUUUGUUCGAAUACUUGCACUUCGCUUCCUGGCUUGUCGAUAUUAUGAGUUGUACCAUCGGCUGCAAUUUCGGGAUCAUGUGGACUGGCAGCGUUCACAGAACAUGCUGGAAGAGGUUGUGCGAUUGUGGGUGCACAUCGACCCUCAGUCCUUGGAAUUCCACCAAAUACAGGCUUUGCUCCUGGAGUCCCUCGAAGCGGGACGGCAGAGUUGUGAAGCUGCAGCGCUCACCGCGCAGAUUCUCGUCAUGGGCUUCCGGCAGCCAGCAGCAGUAGAGGUGCAAAAACUCUUGGUGUUGCCUGAUGCUUUUGCUGGCCACCAGCCGUCAUGGGCUGCGAAUUGGUUUCUUUCGCUGCCUGACCCAGCGGUAUUGGUGCUUUCUGGCUGGUACGUCUUCUUUGCUGCGCUUCUGGAUGCCUUGAAGCAAGGACUCCGGUUUCAGAACGGCUGCGAGUGGUUGGACGGGUAUGGCGACUUCUUGCACCCUUUGAAGCACCACGCCGAGCAGUUCCAAGAUUUCCGAGGAUCAUUGCAGGCCCUGGCCUUGCUGCAGACAGCAGCAUCCAUGCAGUUUCGUGGGCCCGUGUGGCAACAAGCUGUGGGCUUCCGUGUCCUGAAGGAUCGGCUGCGUUCGGCUUUCGAGAUGUUGCGGGAUGAGCGGCGUCGUUUGCUCGGGCAGGACACUUGCUUGGGCAUCUUGGCAACCAUGGUCGCGCAACUCUCAUCACACGUCGCGUUCAACCUGAAGGAAAUGCGAUGGACGUCGGUUUUGGAUCGAUGGCCUGAUUUGCCUACGCCACUACGGUAUCGUACAGGUCGGCCAUUCCAAGCUGCGGUGUGCAUUGCUGGACAGCCUCGAGUCAUGUCUGGCGAGCUGUUGUUGCCCGUGGCUAGGCAGCUGUUUGGAAGCCUUUGUCCCGUGGCAGGUGGCAGUUCGACUCCUUUGAAACUAUUUUUUAUGCUUGCAAGCCAGCCCCAUCUUGGUCUAGACAGAGCGAAUGCCACCUCCAUGCGGUCCCAGCUAGAGGAAGCCCUACGGUCGACGUUAUGCCCGCGACUCGGCCCUUUGCCGGCCAUGCUGCGGCAAGUUGAGUUGUUGGAUGAUGCCAGCCAUGAGGAUAUCGAAGGAUUGGUCAACGCUUACCCGGAGGAUGCAUGGUGGCAUGGUGAAGGCCACGGCCGACUGAAAUGGGUCCGGCAGCUGCAAGGCCUAGCGCGGUGCCAAUCGGCUCUAGAGGAAGAGGAAAGCGCCUCGGGCCGACUUGACUGGGUAGUUUUCCUGAGACCAGACCUUCUUCAUGUGGUGCCACUUCCAGACUUGAGCCUCCUCCCGCAAAACCGCAUGCUUCUGGUUCCUGAUGGGGGUCAGAGGCUCACACCCCAAGCUGGAUACCUCGAGGGCCUCGACCGGGCCCUCAUCCUCUCUCGCAAGGUGGCGGAGGUUUUCUUUGUCCUUCCACUCCACGCUUUGAAGAACGCAAGCUUUGUGGCAAAUUACCCGACAUGCCUUCACUGCCCUGGCUGGCGAUCCCCGGGUGUAAAACUCAGCCCGGAGAAGCAUCUUGCGAAUGUGCUUUGGCAGUGGGCAGAAGACCAUCUGGAGACGCAGCUGGAACUGACGGUGGACCCAGAGUGGAUUCAACCACUGGUGUUGUCUGAAAGGGGCUGCAUCAAUUUUCGUCCGUGUGCUGAUCGAAGCUGUUUGCCGAUUGCCGGCACGGAAUCCGUGCACGCUCCAAGCGAGGGGCCGCGGCUGCCUCGCUGGGCUCGCCAAUUGACGCUGCAGCACACCUGUUGGCCAAUGGAUGCUGAAGGCGAAGCUGUAGCGAAAGCUUGGGUAGAUGCUGCCCCAGCCGAUGACCAGGAUUCGCCCCUGCGCAGUCCUUCCAUGCUGCUGUUCCCACAGCUUUCUGAGCAAGAGCUAUAA